CAGGGCGCACAGAGUCAGCGCAGCAGACCUGCCUGAGAUCAUCGCUGCUUUCUGAAGACCUCUUUUCACAUCAGUUUUUUAAACAUCCUAACCCUUAAUCCCCCUGUUGAUUUAGAGGAUUAUGUUCUCCAGAGGUAUUUGCCUAUUUUUGCCCUGCAUGUUGCUGGAACCUGUGUAUUCAGCACAGAGUCCGAUGUGUGACCUAAUUCUGGAAAUAGAGAAGGAGCAAGCCUUGUGCCACACUCAGAUCGAGAACAAUACGACAGGCUGCAAUAUCACUUGGGACAAGAUCACAUGCUGGCCCGCCGCUGACGUCGGAGAGGUGGUUACCAUCCCAUGCCCCAAGUAUCUCUUCUACUUCACCAGCAAUGCUCUUCCUCGUAAUCUGUCAAAGACCUGCACUGUGCAUGGCUGGCCCCCAAGCAGCCUGGACUCCUAUAUAAUGGACUGCGGCUACAAUCCCAACAGCACUGUGGAAGGACAUUUGGGAGAGUUUUACAGUACCAUCAAGGUGGGCUACACAAUCGGUCACAGCGUUUCCCUUAUUUCUCUGAUGGCUGCAAUCCUCAUACUGUGUCUCUUUCGGAAGCUCCACUGCACAAGAAACUACAUCCACAUGCAUCUGUUUGUGUCCCUCAUCCUCAAAGCCAUCACUGUUUUUAUAAAGGAUGUGGUUCUGUACGAUGAGAUGGAGAACUGCCAGUCAUUACAGGUGGGCUGCAGGGCAGUAGUGGUCCUCUUCCAGUUUGGAGCCACGGCGAGUUACUUUUGGCUGCUGGUGGAGGGCCUCUACCUUCACGCUCUAUUGGCAGUCUCCUUCUUCUCUGAGAGGAAGUACUUUUGGUGGUACAUUUUGAUUGGCUGGGGGGCUCCAACCAUCUUCAUCUCUGCAUGGGUGGUUACCAAAGCUUAUUUUAAACACCCUGGAUGUUGGGAAACAAUAGAUGACCCCUCAUGGUGGAUCAUCAAAACGCCAAUUUUAGUCGCUAUACUAAUUAACUUCUUCGUCUUCAUUUGCAUAAUCCGGAUCCUGCGGCAGAAAAUGAAUUGUCCUAACAUCGGAAGGAAGGAAUCCAACCAGUACUCGAGACUGGCUAAAUCCACAUUGUUGUUGAUACCUCUUUUUGGAAUAAACUACAUAAUAUUUGCCUUUAUUCCUGAACACAUUCACCCACAGCUCAGGAUGGCAUUUGAUCUUGUUCUGGGAUCAUUUCAGGGCUUUGUUGUUGCUGUCCUGUACUGCUUCCUGAAUGGAGAGGUGCAGUCUGAGGUUAAGCGUAAAUGGCGCAGGUGGAUGCUGCAGAGGUUUCUUGGCGCUGACACUAAGUACCAGCAGCCAUCCAUUGGGAGCAAUGGGAACAAUUUCAGCACCCAGAUCACCUUGUUGACCAAAUGCAGCCCCACCACACGACGGGCUUCAACCUGCCAGGAGCACCUUUCUGCAAUCUGAAACCCACUAAAUGCUGACUCCCCUUGGUUUCUAUUAUCAUUUAAUGAAUGUGUGACUCACAUGUACUGUUGCCAUACACUGGGUGUACUGAGGCCACGAUAAUCCUAAAGUGGAUUUUUUUGUUGUUGUAAUCUUAUAUGCUAGCUAUAAAAAGAAACAGGUGCUCUGUGUUUUUCUCGCCAAAGCACAAAGUCAUCUGACACCUCGGACAACACUUUCUUAUUAAUUUAGAUCUUUUCAAUGAAGAAAAGCUCCUAUUUUUGAAGAUUAUAUCAAAGCAGCUAUGACCAGAAAGAGACUUUACCGUAGCAUGGAAAGUAUUUUCACUGGAUUGUCUGCAUUUCAGUAAAUCAAAUAGGGAAAAUAAUAACUGGGAUGUGCUUUUCUUCCGAAAUGACUUAAAAAUUGGGAACAUCCUUGUUAUCUAAUGGUACAAGAGGUCCAAGGAGAGACAGUAGAAAGCAAGUUUAAUUCUAAAGGAAGAGUGCUGACAAAAAUAAAUGAGUUUUAAGUAGAUUGUUCUCCCCCUUAAGUAAACAUUAUGCUUGAAAGGCAACUUUAUGUAGAUCUUAUUUAUUCAAUCAUAAGGACUAUUAAAUGAGAAAUAAACUCUGACAGAGAGAGACCAACAGCUCAAAGAGUUUAAAGCUUUAAUGCUUGAGCUGGCAUAUGACCGAUAAACCAGAAACUAUGAUGGAUGCUAGCAU